AUGGAGAUGUCGCUAGCCUCGGUGUCUCCGAAACCGCCGCCGGCGGCCUGGCUCUGGAGCCGCGACGCCGUGCUGCCGGCGGGGGUGAUGGCGAUGGUGACGAUGAAGAAGAGGAGAAGGGAGGAGAGGGGGUACUGGGUGGCGAGGGCGGAGGGGAACGGCAGAGGAGAGGCGGUGGAGGGCGGCGGGAAGAGGGAGGGAGGAGGGUACACGGUAUCGGGCAUGGAGGUGACCACAUUCAAUCAGAGCUUCAGCGAUGGCGGUGGUGGUGAUUUUCCGGUGUGGGAUAAGAUUGGGGCUGCUGUUAGGGUCGGCUAUGGAAUAGGAAUAUACGGUGCAAUGGCUUUGGCGGGAAGGUUUAUAUGCUCGAUUUCUGGAAUCGAUUGCAAUGGAGGGUUUCAUCCAUCGUUAGAUGCUGUCGUUGAAGGAUUGGGAUAUGCAGCUCCUCCAAUUAUGGCCCUUCUCUUUAUACUAGACGAUGAAGUUGUAAAGAUAUCUCCUUAUGCUCGUGCAAUUAGGGACGUCGAGGAUGAGGAGCUACGGAGCUUUUUCUACGGAAUGUCGCCAUGGCAGUUUAUGCUAAUUGUUGUGGCAAGCUCUGUUGGAGAGGAGCUCUUUUACCGAGCUGCUGUUCAGGGAGCUGUAGCAGAAGUAUUUCUCAAGAGCGGUGAUCUGUUUGAUGAUGCUCGAGGAAUGGUCUCACUGGCCGGUGUACUACCUCCAUUUGUCCCAUUUGCACAGGCAUUUGCUGCUGCUAUCACGGCUGCUUUUACCGGCACGUUGUAUUACCUGGCUGCCUCUCCCAAAGACCCAACCUAUGUUGUUGCACCCGUGCUCAAGUCGCGCUCCAGUCGUGAUGAUCUAAGAAAGCUCUUUGCAGCCUGGUAUGAGAGGAGACAGAUGAAAAAAAUCUACUCUCCUUUGUUGGAGGCACUUUUGGCGCUUUACCUUGGAUUUGAAUGGAUUCAGACGAACAAUAUCCUUGCGCCUAUUAUAACGCACGGAAUAUACUCUGCCGUUAUCUAUGGACAUGGCCUUUGGAAGAUACAUGAUCAUCAGAGGAGGCUGCGCGAACGAGUUCAUAAGCUUAAAGUCGAGGCCAAAGCUUCAAGAAAAUCGUGA